CCCCAAAAGCGCCGCUGCUGGCGGCCGCCCAGCCCGAGUUUUAGAACACUGAAGGUGAGAAUCGUUUUGUACAGUGAGGGUUGAGAGUGAAUCUAUGUAUACUGAGGUUGUAAUUGUUUUUGUUCUGAUAGUGGAGUGAGCUCUUUUUGCCGGAGCUCUACGUGGAUGUAGCCCUCAUUAACGGGUAAACCACAGUAAAUCUUUUGGUGUUUUGUGUUUGAUUUAUUUUGAUUAUUGCGUGCUUACAGUAUUGAAUAUUCUGUAUUUGUUGCUUUGAGUGUUUGGUCGAGGCUUAUCUUUGCAUAACAGUGGUAUCAGAGCCAUUUCUCUGGUAUUCGCCGUUAGGGUUUUCGGAGCCUGUGCUAUUUCAUCUGCCGAGUCAUAUUUUUCUUUUACUUGUGUUGGUCUAAGGCUCUAGGGUUUGCUGUGUGAGUCUCUGUCGGCAUCUAGGAUUUUAGGGUUCCUUCGUGCAAAGCGAAGAUGACAUCAACCCGAUAUGAUAUCGGUACAUUUGACGGGAAAAAUGAUUUCGGUAGUUGGAAAAAGAAGAUGAGAGUCCUGCUCUCUCAUCACAAAGUGCUUAUUGCACUUGAGCCUGACGACAGAAAGUGGUCAGCAGAUCAGUUGGCUAGAACUGAUGAGGUAAGAGAAGAAGCUUUUAAUCUUAUUUUCUUACACCUUGGUGAUAGUGUUAUUCGUAAAGUUGAUGGCAUAAAUUCUCCUAUUGAACUGUGGAACAAAUUGGAAUCAUUAUAUUCUGUAUUGUCUGCUCCUAAUUUAGUUUAUUUAAAGGGAAUGUUAUUCAACUUUAAAAUGAAUGUUUCUAAAUCUAUGGAUGAAAAUAUAGAUGAAUUCACCAAGCUUGCUUUAUUAUUAAGAGAAACAGAUCAAGCCCUGGGUGAUACCAGUGAGGCUAUGAUUCUUUUAAACUCAUUGCCAGAAGAAUAUAAUGUAGUCAAGUAUGCUCUUCAAUAUACUGGAAUUGUACCUAGUCUAGAUUUAGUCAUAUCUGGAAUUAAAGCUAGGGAACUUGAAUUGAAUACAUCCAAGAAGCCUACUAAUAACUUGUUUGUGAAAGGCAAAUUAGAAAAGAAAAACAACUUGGGUAAUGGAGAUCAAUCUAGGGGUUUUGGGAAUAGGGGUAAAAACAAAGAAAAGAAGGGCAAACAAAAACCUAAAUGGAAAUGCUAUCAUUGUGGGAAAGAGGGACAUAUUAAAAAAUAUUGUUAUGACCUUUUACGAAAACAGAAACAAAGAGGUAAUGCAACCAUAGCUGCAAGUAAUUCAAACACUUUAGCUGAAGUUCUGACUGUGUCUGAUGAAACUGUAACUAAUGAAUGGAUUAUGGACUUUGGGUGUUCUUUCCACAUGUGUCCUAAUAUUGCAUAGUUUCAAAACUUUAGUGACAAAGAAUCUGGCACUGUUUAUAUGGGCAAUGAUCAAUCAUGUAGUAUAAAAGGAAUAGGAGACAUAACCCUUAAAAUGCAUGAUAACAAAGUCAAAAUGCUCACUAAGGUCAGAUAUGUGUCUGGUCUAAAACGAAAUUUAAUUUCUCUUGGUACUCUGGAUGAAUUAGGCUAUUCUUAUACUGCUGAAAAUGGUUUCAUGCAUGUGUUUAAAAAUAAUAACCUAAUCCUAACUGGUACCAAAAGGCAUGGCUUAUACGUGUUAGAUGGUUGUUCUUUUUACGUUGUUUCUUCUGCAUGUACUGUUAAAAUUGAUAAGACAGAUCUCUGGCAUUUGAGACUUGGUCACAUGAGCCAGAAAGGUCUGCAGGCACUGUCUUCUCAAGGUUAUCUUGAUUCAGUGUCUGCAGAGUCCCUAAACUUUUGUGAGCUUUGUACUCUUGGCAAGCAACACAGACUGAGUUUCCAUAGAGGAACUCACCUAGCGAAGGUAUGCCUAGAGUACUUGCAUGCAGACCUAUGGGGUCCCUCUCAAACACCAACUCUUGGUGGCAACAAGUAUUUCUUAUCCAUUGUUGAUGACUUUACUAGAAAAGUGUGGGUAUUCCCUCUUAGGACUAAAGACCAAACAUUAGAAAAAUUUAAGGUAUGGAAGGCCUUAGGCGAAAAUCAGACAGAUAAGAGGGUUAAAUUUUUAAGAACAGACAAUGGGUUAGAAUUCUGUAAUAGAGAUUUUGAUGAAUUCUGUAAUUCACAAGGUAUCACUAGACAUAAGACUGUUAGGAACACACCCCAAUAAAAUGGGGUAGCUGAAAGGAUGAAUAGGACUCUCCUAGAAAAUGUCAGGUUUCUAAUGUUUAUAGCUGGCAUGCCUAAAACCCUUUGGGGAGAAGCCCUGUCCACUGCUGCCUACCUGAUUAACAAGAGCCCUUCAAUUGUUUUAAAUUUCAUAUGCCCUAAAAAAAAUGGCUAAGCAGAAAAUUGAAUUUGAAUCAUUUAAAGGUCUUUGGGUGUCAAGCAUAUGUUCAUCAAUCAAUAGGAAAGCUAGACCCUCGGUCCUCAAAGUGUGUCUUUGUAGGAUAUCAAGAAGGAACUAAAGGCUAUAGGUUAUGGGACAAGAGCUCUGGAGGAGUUAAAAUAAUCAUAAGCAGGGAUAUUAUAUUUAAUGAAAAUGUUUUCCCUUGCAAACUAGAGAAUAUAGAAACAGAAUCUAAACCUAGCAUCACAGAAGACUUUGUGAUAGGAUCUAAUACCCACUUUCAGGUGGAGCAGCCAUCAGGAAUGCCUAAAGUGCCAGCUACCUCAACCCCUGUCAUUCGCAACCCUAGUAGUGACUCAUCCUUUGAUCAUGAAAGUGAUCAGGAGGAACUAACUGAAGUCCCUGAGGCUGAGGUGGAGCAUCAUGACUCCCCUCAACAAAACCUAAGGGACUAUCAGUUGGCUUAAGAUAGGAGUAGGAGAUCAGUCAAACCCCCUGCUAGGUAUGCCUAUUCAGACCUUGUUUAUUGUGCCUUGGUGGUAGGCAUGGAAUUGAGAGGCAGUGAGCCUACCUCUUAUGAGGAGGCUGUUAGCUCUCAAGAUAGCUCUAAGUGGCAAUGUGCUAUGGAUGAAGAAAUGGCAUCCUUGAUAACCAACAACACUUGGGAAUUGGUCCCAAGACCUUGACUGCACUCUCACCCUGCAAUUAAAACACAAUAAAAACAAAUCAUAAUAAAACUUUUAUAUUUUUUUUAUUUUAGUGAGAGGUUUAUACUCGCCAGUGUACGAGUGCAGUUGUAGUGUAAAUGGCUAUUCAAAAUCAAAGAAGGUAUGUUACCCUCUGAUCCUCUUAGAUUUAAAGCUAGAUUAGUUGCUAAAGGUUUUACACAAAGGGAAGACAUUGAUUAUACUGAAAUAUUUUCACUUGUUGUUAAGUUUAAAACCCUUCGUUUGAUACUUGCAAUAGUAGUUCAAUAUGAUCUAAAAUUAGAACAGCUUGAUGUUAAAACUGCCUUCUUACAUUGAGACUUAGAAGAGAUCAUCUAUAUGGAACAGUCAGUUGGUUAUGUUAACAAAAAACAUCCAGAUUUUGUUUGUUUGUUGAAAAAGUCACUGUAUGGUCUAAAACAAUCCCCACGUCAAUGGUAUAAAAAAUUCGAUAAUUUUGUAAUUGGGAUUGGUUUUGUGAGGAGUGAAUAUGAUAAUUGUCUUUACUACAUUCUCUCUGAUAUCCUUGUAUAUUUGCUGCUGUAUGUUGAUGACAUUUUAUUGAUUAGCAAAUCUAAGUCUAAGAUUAAUGAACUAAAAUCAAUGUUGAACACAAACUUUGAUAUGAAAGAUUUAGGAUCUGCUAGGAAAGUUUUAGGGAUGGUAAUUGAGAGAGACAGAAGUAAAAAUUGUCUGAAGAUUCACCAACAUGAUUAUUUAUUAAAGGCUGUACAGAAAUUUGGAAUGUCAAAUUGCAAACUAGUAAAUACACCUUUAAGAGGUCACUUUAUUUUGUCUAAAGCCCAAUGUCCAACAUCAGAUUUUGAAAGGUUAAACAUGGAAUCCAUUCCUUAUGCCAAUGUAAUUGGAACCAUCAUGUAUUCCAUGAUCAGUACCAGGCCAGAUCUUGCUUUUUCAAUCUUUUUACUUAGUAGAUAUAUGUCUAACCCUGGGAAGCAUCUUUGGGAAGCCCUAAAGUUUUUACUGAGGUAUAUUAACGGCUCUUUAAAUGUUGGUUUGAAUUACAUGAAAAGAACUGAUACUCUUGAUUUGGUAGGGUUUGUAGACUCUGAUUUUGCAGGUGAUCGAGACUCAAGGAAGUCUACUACAGGUUAUUACUUUACCCUAAGUGGUAAUUGUAUAAGUUGGAAGUCUCAAUUACAGCCCCUGGUGGCUCUGUCUUCUACUGAGGCUGAGUAUGUUGCUGUAACUGACACUUUCAAGGAAGCCAUCUGGCUUCAAGGUAUCCUUACAGAAAUCCAGAUGUUACAAGGUAAGAUGAUAGUCUUUUCUAAUAGCCAAAGUGCUAUACAUUUAUGUAAGAAUCCCGUUUACCAUGAAAGGACAAAACAUGUAGAUGUAAAAUACCAUUAUGUAAGGGACCAAGUGGCCAAGAGAAAGGUAAUUAUCCAAAAGGUCCCUACAGAAAAUAACCCAGCUGAUAUGGGUACAAAAAUUGUGACUACAGCUAAGUUCAGACACUAUCUGAGCUUGCUGCAUGUCACGGUUGGUUGAAGGAACAACCAACAAGAGCUAUGAAGGCAAAGGUUGUAGCAUGCUCCAUUGUUGUGGACUUUUCCCUAAAAUGUUAAAGCUUCAAGGUGGAGAUUGUUGUACUUUUAUGAAGCUUCAAAUCAUUGUGUUUGGCGGAGGGGUUGGAGGGUCUUUUCGGAAACCCUCAGAGCUACCCAAAACGGCAGUGUUUUUGGGCCUCUGAGUGGAUGGCCGAAAUGGCAACCAGCUGUGCCGUUUUGCUUGGCGUACUUCCUUGUCGUCUUGCCUGCUGCUUGCCCGAUCGUUGAUGUUCUACUAUGCCUUUAUUCAUCCUGAUUGCCACCGUUGGAGCCUCCUUUAUAUCCUCUACAGUGGCCUCGAGAUCAGCAGCGCGCACAGCCUCCGAUUACCUUCCUCUUGUUUGGUUUGAUCUGAUUAUUCUCUGUAAUUCCUUUCUCUCUCUGUAUAGUUUAUGUAUGUUUUCUCUCUAGGGUUUGGCCUCUAACCUUUAGUUAUGUGGUUAUGGGGCCGAUUUAAAGGUGAGAAUCGUUUUGUACAGUGAGGGUUGAGAGUGAAUCUAUGUAUACUGAGGUUGUAAUCGUUUUUGUUUUGAUAGUGGAGUGAGCUCUCUUUGCCGGAUCUCAACGUGGAUGUGCCCUCAUUAACGGGUGAACCACGGUAAAUCUUUUGGUGUUUUGUGUUUGAUUUAUUUUGAUUAUUGCGUGCUUACAGUAUUGAAUAUUCUGUAUUUGUUGCUUUGAGUGUUUGGUCGAGGCUUAUCUUUGCAUAACAUUUGGGUUUAAAUCAUGUCUAGAAAUGAGAAGAUUACAUUUUUGCAAAUAAGAAGUUACUGCAGAAGAGAGUAAUUACUGUUGCGUUGGUUGCUUAUCUGGUGAGGGUGGUUUGUGAGCGAAUGUCGUGCGUUAUAAUCUAUCUAGUGCAUGUUCGAAGGGUAGUGGUGACUGGUUUCUGUGAAAAGAGAAAAAGAAGAGGAAGUUGCCAGUCUUCUUCUUUUGCCAUUUUGGAAGAAGGGGGUGUGUGAAAGUGGCCAGGCAGAGGCAGGCACCUAACCAGAGGCAAGGACAGAGGUUAGGGGAUUGACAAGCUUAAGAUCCGGAAGGUCCUUGUCUGUGAAGAAAGAGAGUGACUUCUUGAUUUCUCCAAAUGGGACAUUCUCAAGUGGCUUUCGUGAAGUGGGUAGAAAUGCUUAUUGCUAUUCAAUCUGGUACACCAAUUCUGUCAAAACAAUUGUCUGGAUGGCCAACAGAGACAGGCCAGUUAAUGGAGAACGGUCUAAGCUAGUGCUCCACAGAAAUGGCAACAUGGUCUUGGCUGAUGUUGAUGGUUCAAUUGUGUGGUCAACCAACACAUUCUCUGAAGCACAUGUUGAAGCUCGGCUUCUUGAAACUGGAAACUUUGUAUUGAUCAACCAAGGAGACAACAUCAUCUGGGAGAGUUUUAAUUUCCCUACAGACACUCUCCUUCCAGGCCAACCACUUGUUAGGAACACAACCUUGGUAUCUAUGAGGGGUGAAGGUACAUACUUAUCUGGAUACUACAACUUGAAAUUCAAUGAUAAUAAUGUGUUAGCCCUUGCCUAUAACGGUCCUCUAGUUUCAAGCAUGUAUUGGCCAACUGGAGCUCAAACUGUAUUUUACUUUGGCAGAAUACCAUACAAUAGCUCCAGAAUAGCAUUUCUAGAUUAUUUAGGAAUGUUCAGAUCAAGUGACAAUUGGACGUUCAAUGCAUCUGAUUAUGGUGCUGGUCCAAAAAGGCGUUUAACAUUAGAUUAUGAUGGGGUGCUGAGACUCUAUAGCCUGGAUGAGUCAACCGGGCUUUGGGAAAUGUCAUGGUUUCCUAGCAGGGUAUGUCCCUGCAAGGUUCAUGGGUUGUGCGGACCAUAUGGUAUUUGCAACUACAACCCUCUACCUACAUGCUCUUGCCCUCAUGGGUUCUUCAGGAAUGAUCCCUCUGAUUGGUCCAAAGGAUGCUCGCCUCUGUUCAAUCUGACUUGUAAUCAAACUGAGCUGGACUUCGUCAUUGCUCGAAACACAGAUUACUUUGGGAAUGACAUCAGCUACGGCACAGGCAUGAGCCUUGAAACAUGCAGGAACAUCUGCCUGAAUGAUUGCACAUGUCAGGGCUUUGGAUAUUCACUGGACGGAAAAGGACUGUGCUAUCUGAAAGGGAAUCUCCUAAACGGAUAUCACUUGCUGUUUGUUGCUAGGAUAACGUACAUAAAAAUUCCAAGAAGGAUAGUAAUCUCUCGGACCGAACAAGGGCAAGUCAAAGCGGAUAUGCUGAACUGCUCAGCUGCUAAAGUUGUGCUCUUUGGUGGUGCUGCUGGUGGAGAAGAUACGAAAGGAAAUAGAUGCACGAAAUACCUAAUUGCAUUUGUGGGUUCUAUUGGUACUAUUGAAAUUAUGUUCAUUGGUUUUGUGUGGUGGUUUGUCUUGAGGAAGCAUGUUCGUGAGGAGCUGGUAAAUAUGAGCUACAUCGUUCUAGCAGUGGGUUUCAAACGUUUCACUUUUGCUGAAUUAAAAAGGGCAACUCAGAACUUCAAGCAAGAGAUAGGGAAAGGUGGCUUUGGGACUGUAUACAGAGGAAUUCUGAAUAAUGAGAGAGUCAUAGCUGUGAAGAGAUUGGAAGGCAUUUUGCAAGGAGAUGCUGGGUUCUGGGCAGAGGUGAGCAUCAUAGGAAAGCUCAAUCAUAGGAAUUUGGUGAAAAUAUGGGGCUUCUGUUCUGAAGGGAAGCACAAGCUAUUGGUUUAUGAUUAUAUGGAGAAUGGUUCCUUGGACAAAAUCUUGUUCUCUGACUCCUCCAAGUCCUUGAGUUGGGACCAGAGAUAUAAUAUUGCUCUUGGGACAGCUAAAGGCUUAUCCUAUAUACAUGAGGAAUGUCUGGAAUGGGUACUCCAUUGUGACAUAAAACCUGAAAACAUACUACUAGAUGAUGAUCUUGAACCCAAGGUGACUGAUUUUGGUUUGUCAAAGCUUUUCAAAGAUAACCUUGAUUCUAGGUUUUCUAGAAUCCGUGGCACUAGAGGGUAUUUAGCACCCGAAUGGAUGAUGAACCUAAACAUUAACGCAAAAGCAGAUGUCUACAGCUAUGGAAUUGUAUUGCUGGAACUAUUGAGUGGAAAGAGAGCAUCUCGGUUCCAGUUGCAUGCAGUCGAGGAGAAUGAGUACAACCAUUUGGUGCAAUGGGUAACGGAAAAGAUUGAGCAGGGACGACUACAAGAAGUUGUUGACCCAAGACUGGAUCAUAAUUACGAAGAUGUAGAACUAGAAAGAUUGGUAAGAAUUGCCCUGCUGUGCGUGAGGGAAGAUCCUGCUUCAAGGCCCCCUAUGAGUAAAGUUGUGGAGCUUCUAACAGGAAAUAACAAGUCCAGCAUAGGCAAGGACACGGAUGAUUAGAUUGUAAGGGUUAGAUCUUCAAACUGCUUUCCCAGUUUUAUGUAUCUACAAUGACACUGUUAGAUAUACUCAAUGUGGAUUGUGGUUGUUGUCAUGAACAAAGAAUUUGUAUUGUGUUCAUAAUUAAGGAGCUACGAUA